GUGAGCCGGUGGUCUUUGUUUGGAUGGAGUGGCUUCCCUCGCGUGCAGCUGCAGUAGAGAAUACAGCUACAAAUGCAGACUAACUUUGUAUACAUUUAUGGGACUCCUCACCUGUGUGUAAAUACAACAGUGGUUAGGUUGAACAAAUUGUGACGUGCUUUCCAGUAGUUAAUUGCUUUAGUCACUGCCAUUGCUGUCUAGUAACGUUAGAUGUAACUGUAGCUAGUAGCAUCCGUCGUCCAUCGCCUGGCUGGAUGCCGUUUCCCUUCACACAAAUAAGACAACCACGUUCCACCCCGGCCUUAGUUCCUGCUGCUAGCAGGAUAGAAAGAGGACCUGUCCACCCUGGACCACAUCAAACCCCUGUUAAUCUGGGACAGGAAGGACGCGGCCACCCUGGAACACAUCAAGCCAUGCUGGUACUGGGACAAAAAGGACCUUGCCCACACUCCAUCCCAGUCAGAGGGACUGGACCCUGCCACUGAGGCCCGGUACCGCAGAGAGGGGGCUCGGUUCAUCUUUGACGUGGGCACGCGGCUUGGGCUGCACUAUGACACACUGGCAACUGGGAUCGUUUACUUCCACCGCUUCUACAUGUUCCACUCCUUCAAGCAGUUUCCCAGAUAUGUGACUGGAGGAUGCUGCCUUUUCCUAGCAGGAAAAGUGGAGGAAACUCCAAAGAAGUGCAAAGACAUCAUCAAGACGGCUCGCAGCCUGCUCAACGACAUCCAGUUUGCCCAGUUUGGAGAUGACCCCAAGGAGGAGGUGAUGGUGUUGGAACGCAUCCUGCUGCAGACCAUCAAGUUUGACCUGCAGGUGGAGCAUCCCUACCAGUUCCUGCUGCGCUAUGCCAAGCAACUAAAAGGUGACAAGAACAAGGUGCAGAAGCUGGUCCAGAUGGCCUGGACCUUUGUGAAUGACAGCCUUUGCACCAUGGUGGCCCUGCAAUGGGAGCCGCAGAUCAUAGCUGUGGCUGUCAUGUAUCUGGCUGGACGUCUCAGUAAGUUCGACAUCCAGGACUGGACCUCCAAGCAAUCAUCCCGGCGCUGGUGGGAGCAAUUUGUCCAUGAUGUGCCUGUGGAGGUGCUGGAAGAUAUCUGUCACCAGAUCCUGGACUUAUAUUCUCAGGCCAAGCAGCAGAUAACUGAUGGGGUGAUGGGGACUGGUGAAGACGCCCCACCACCUUCCAUCCUGCCCCCCACUGCCCCACCGCUGGCCAAGAAGGCCUCCCCUCAGACCAGCCCCAGGCCACCGAGACUAGCUCAGCCUUCUCCCAAAGAUGACAGCAAGCCCACUAAGCUCACAAAUGUAGAGCCUCCUCCUCCUCCUCCAGUCGCCGUAAACCCAGACCUUAAACCCCCUUCCUCCUACCCACCAGCCCCAGAUCUGUCAUCUAAACCCCCGCCCCCACCUUUGCCCUAUUGCCCACCUCCACCACCUCCUCCUCCCAUGGAACUCCCCUCCUCCAGCUCCCUGGUGUCCAGCGAAGGUUACCAGACGCUCCAAUCCAUGAUGAAGACAGCGGGCUCCUGUUAUACCACUGUACCCCAGGCCUGUGCUCCACCACUGGGCUACCACCACUACCCCCCAGGCACCACAUCCUACCACACACCUCCACUCUCAGCCUACAGCUACUUGCUUGCUCCUCCUCCGUCAGUGUUGGGGAUGGCCCCUAGUUUAAGUAGUGGGUACCCACCACCAUCAACUGCUGGACACAAUCAGCUCCCCCCUCCGCUGCCACCCGGGAUGCCUCCAGUCAGCGGUCUAAGUCGAGGUACGUGGAUGAGAUGAAUAUCACAAAGAAAGGUUUAAAUGUUUUUAAAAUGUUCUGAUUGACUUGAAAUCACAAUGUUUACCUUUUUAAGAUAAAAGGCAGCAAUUCAUUGUUCUGUGGAGCAGUUAACGAUGGGAAAGCAAUGGUACCUAAUAUGUGCCAACUUUUGUUAUCGCAAUUCUGAAAAUAUGUAUACGUUUAAACAAAUGUGACGGUUCCAGUUCUUGAGUUCAGUGUUGGCAGAGACACAGGAUUGUAAAAUGUCUUCCAUUAGCUCUUCUUUUUCGCAUUGUCAUAUUUUAAUGUCAACAGUAUUCUCAUCUGUAUUAUCCUUUGCUUGGAUAAUCUGUUAUUGCUUCAUAUCCUAAUUUAAUAUGGCUAGGAAGACAGUGUUCCAUACUGUUUUUUUAUACCUGUUUAUUAGCCUAUUAAAAAGAACACUGAUUUAAAAGGAAGCUUUUUUUUAAAAAUACAUUUGUCUGUUUGUCUUUUUCUCUAAAAAAAGAUUUGCAUUAAAGAACAACCAUUUCUGUUCAAUUCCUGCAGAAAUGAUUGUUUCCACUUUUAUUUAACUGGUAUAUAACACCAUUUGCUUUCUUUAAUUUGUAAAGAAACACCUUUCAGGAGCUUAUUUGGUAUAUUUAAUGUUGUGAAUACAGAAGCAAACCCUUUCAAAAAUGCUGUAGAUGUUUAUCUUUUUUUAAUGCAAUAAAACAAACCAGAAAUGUGUCCACUAA